AUGACGACGAUCAUCAUCGUGAGCUGUGAUCCAACCUUAAUUGUGCCCCAAAAUACGUUCGGAUCAGAUGGCUACAUCGACAUCGCGGUGAAAGAUUUCAACUAUUGGCACAAGGGGAGCAUCGACCUGACCCAGAUUGGGUUCUUUGUGACAACCUCAGAGGCUGAGGCGCAGCUUGAAGUGGACCUUGCACAGGGGACGUGUGCGUUUGAGGCGGAGAAUGUGAUCAAGCUGCUGACCUUUGAUGCGGUGGAGAGCAACAAGGCGGCAGGCAGCGAGCUGACGCAGCUGUCCGCGCGCUUGGCUGACCUGAUAAAGGACUAUCGUGGCGGCGAAUUCAGCCUGUUCUAUGCCAACUGCCAGAAGCUGGCGGUGGUGUCCUUUGACAUCCGUGUGGCGCUGUACAAUGUGCGGGGAAAUGGGAUCAAGGACUUCCUCAGUGUGGGAGAGGACAUGCUGCCAACGGUGUUCAUGAUAAUGUUUGUGCUGUUUUCGGUGGCGGCAGCACUGUGGGGCAUGGUAUUGUUCAGGCAGCGCAAGCAGGCGCACCGGCUGCACUACCUCAUGAUGGUGCUGGUGGCCUUCAAGGCCCUCACGCUGCUGAGCCAGGCGGGCAUGUACCACCUCAUCCGCACCACAGGGCACCCCGAGGGCUGGAACGUCGCGUUCUACGUCUUCAACUUCCUGCGGGGCAUCCUCUUCUUCACGGUGGUUGUGCUGGUUGGGACUGGUUGGAGCUACAUGACACCAUUCCUGCGCGAUAGGGAGAAGCGGCUCUUGAUGGUGGUUAUCCCUCUGCAGGUGUGUGCAGAGGUUGCAAUAGUGAUACUGGACGAGAACACGCCAGCUUCGAGGUCCUGGUUCACCUGGCGGGAUAUUUUGCACCUGGUGGACAUCAUAUGCUGCUGCGCCAUUCUGUUCCCCAUUGUCUGGUCCAUCAAGCACCUGCGUGAGGCUGCAGGGACGGAUGGCAAGGCAGCGCGCAACCUGUUGAAGCUGCAGCUGUUCCGGCAUUUCUAUGUGAUGGUGGUGAUCUACAUCUACUUCACACGGAUCGUGGUUUAUUUGUUGCGCUCCACAAUGCCCUACCAGUACGUGUGGCUGUCAGAUGGAGCAGGCGAGCUUGCCACUCUGGCUUUUUAUGUGACGACUGCGGUCAGCUUCCGACCGACAGCAGACAACCCCUACCUGCAUCUUGCAGAUGAUGAAAUAGACCUGCAAGAGCUGAGGGAGGCCACGCUAUAA